AUGUCUGGAUUCAAUCCUUUCCGCCCUAAAAGGUUAGAGAGCGAGAACGAUCCGCCGCUUCCGAAGUUUGGGCUAGAUGCUACCCGGCCCUCGAGAGCGUAUCACAAUUCAUCCCCAUCGUCUGUUUCCACGCACUCAUAUUUUCCUGCUCCUUCAUCAACGACGGCGUCUGUGACGAAUUCUUCCUCGACGCCCUAUGGCUAUACCGGAACCCCUCCUGAAUCUUACACGUCCGACGUUGACGACUCGCAAUCCUCGGAUGAUCAAUCGCUAUCGGAUCCUUUCCAAAAGAACUUUGACGUGACCGACCGUGACGUGGAGGACGGGGCGGCGGUAAGGGAUGGAAUUUGGAAUUCGUCCCGUCUCCCUCGCUCUGCCCCCGCGGAUGAUCGUCGUUCCUCGAUGUACGCCAACGCCGCUCCCCACUCAGCGCCAGCUCUUCCAGGUUCAUCAAGCUCAGUCUCAUCCGCGCCGGUAGCACUACCGACCAAACAUGAUGCGAAGAGGGAAACCAGCCGUUAUUCACUGGAAUUGGGAAAUCAGACAGAACCAGGAAGCCUGGCCGUUGAUCGGCUCGGUGUACCUGCCACCUCAUCUCCUCGUGGAAUGAACUCUGCAAACAGUGGCGCUACGCUCACAUCGCAAUACCACACAUCGGCUGGAGUAACCAGUCGCCCCAUGGUGGGCACCCCAUCUUCAUCAGAAGCUGAGGUAGACUCAAGAGCUCUCGCUGCUCGCUCAGGCAACCGAGAAAGGAAACCCCCACCUCCACCUAAAAGCCAUCAUGGAAAGUUGAUCAAUCCCAGUCCUCAGGCGUCGCCGUCUCAGUCUCAACCGAGACUCAGACUGACCAAUCGCUUUUCUUACCACGGCACCUCUUCUGAGACAUCGCUCUCACUCACACCCGAUUCACCCUCCAGCCGGCCAUCGCAGCAGGGGGUUGACUAUUUCACUAACCUCGAUGAUACCCAAUCCACACAAUCGACAGAGUCCCUCAGGCGUAGCCAAUCUCAGCACAAGCGGCCUCCGACACCGCCGCUGAGUAGGCGGCAUAGCCAAAUGAGACGAUCCAAGAGCACCAUGUCCCGGACUAAUCUGGUGCGACUGUCAAUGCCGGUGGAGGCUUCAGAAACGAAUUUCUCUUCUCCUCCGAGCCCCGGCCCUUGGCCCACUGCGUCACCACGUCUUCAGGAAUCUAGAUUGGGUCCACCGCGGCCGGACGAGGCUGGACACGGGUCCGGCCCUAGUGAGCUCCCUUCAUCCAGACGAGCCUCGCAGGUCAAUCCAGUGCCGCCGCUUCCACCUCCCAGGAGGACGCGAGUUUCCAGCAGUCAUAGUAACACCGGCGGUCCGACUUUUUCUCCGGAAAAGGAGAAGCGGGCGCCGCAGGAGGAUUUCGUUCCUCAUCCAUCCAAUGCCAAUGACAUCUUGGCGGACCUCUCCCGUCUCCAGAAAGAGGUGGAUGACCUUCGUGGGCACUACGAGGGCCGGAAAGUCAGUCAGUAG